AUGUCAGAGACAUCAUCUUCCAAGCCCCGUAUCAUCCUCGGCUUGAUGACAUUCGGCCCAGACCCCAACCUAGGAGCCCGAAUUACAUCCCUCGACGAAUUCGGUCAAUGCCUAGACUAUCUGAAGUCAUCCGGUUACUUUGAGGUCGAUACAGCACGCAUGUAUCUCGGCGAAAAACAGGAAGAAUUCACCGCCGCAGUUGGUUGGAAAGAACGUGGCCUGAGCCUCGCAACAAAAGUCUACCCUACCAAACCAGGCAUGCACAAGCCUGCAGAGCUGCGCAAGAAAUUCGACGAAUCCUUAGUCGCGCUGGAGACGGAACAAGUCGAUAUCUUUUACUUGCAAGCCGCUGAUCGAUCUGUCCCCUUUUCCGAGACCCUUGAAGAAGUUAAUAAGCUUUAUCAAGAGGGUAAAUUCAAGCGUUUGGGGCUGAGCAAUUAUACCUCCUUUGAGGUUGCGGAGAUUGUUAUCCUUUGUACGGAGAGAGGUUGGGUUCGUCCGACGAUUUAUCAAGCUAUGUACAACGCUAUCAGUAAGUUUUUUUACUUCGAUUCUCAGAAACUCGCAGUGUACGUAACGGCAGCUAACCGAGAUCAAUCAGCACGAAACAUCGAGACAGAACUCAUCCCCUGCUGCCGCCGCUACGGACUGGAUAUCGUUGUCUACAACCCCCUCGCCGGUGGCGUUCUCUCGGGAAAAUACAAAGCAGACGCCGUAACGCAAGCACCAACGGAAGGACGAUUUAGCGACAAAAACACCACGGGCGCCUUGUACCGAAAGCGCUACAUGAACCAACCGAUUCUAGAUGCAGUCAAUCUGAUCAGCCCGAUCGCCGCAAAAUACAACCUGACAUUGCCGGAAAUUGCUUUCCGUUGGCUGAAUCACCACUCGCAGCUGCGGUUGGGGAAGGAUGGUAUUCUGAUUGGUGUCAGUAGUAUCGAGCAGCUUCAUGCCAAUAUUGAUGCUACGCAGAAAGGUGGCUUGCCGCAGGAAGUGGUGGAUGUUCUCGAUGAGGCGUGGAUGUGUGUUAAGGCUACCUCGGCUGAUUAUUGGCAUCUUGAUUUGAAGUAUACGUAUGAUACUGAGGCAGCGUUGUUCAAGCAGUGA